AUGACUGGAUGCGAAUCCUUUGUGUCUUCAUCACACUGGCCGGUAUCCAUUGGUUUAGGGCUUGAAAAUAUCUCCCUCUUCAGCGUUCCAUCUCCCAAUCCCAAAAUGCUUCUGGAAUACGAGGAGGAAGCUUUGAGAGAGUGCAGGGGCCAGAGCUGUCUCCUUGUGAUGGGGGGUGGCCUGAACAUCCAAGGAAUCAUUCGCGAGACAAUAAAGCAAUAUCUUUGUAGGAAUAGUCUUGUACUUCUGGUGAACUUUAGCAAUGAGGAUGAGUCUCUACUUCUAAAAAUGGAGUCUCCUUUCCUUCAGGAUGUAAGGUCUCUGCAUAGAACAAAAAGGAGAGAGAGAUAUCUCCGUGGAGGUGUGUUCUUUGCAAGCAACCGCGUAUUUCUUGCAGAUAUGAUCGAUGGGACGAUUGAUGUUGAGAAGGUAGACUCAAUCCUUGUCAAUAAUGUUGAGAGUAUCACUGAGACAUCAUCAGAAGCAUUUAUUGCCCAUCUUUUCAGGUCCAGGAACAAAUUGGGAGUUAUAAAAGGGUUUUCGGAAUCGCCUGUCCCUCUCUCUCUUGGGUUCUCUCCGCUAGACAGGAAAAUGAAGAGCUUGAAGUUGGUAAAGGCCAUUUUCUUUCCACGCUUCCAUUUCCUGGUGGAGAAGUCCUUGAAGAGGGACACAGAUGUUGUUGAGAUUAAGUUCAAGAUGUCGGAAAGGAGGAGCCAACUCCAAGUGGUUCUUUUAGAAAUAAUCAGCAAUCUCUUGAGAAUGGUGUUCAAAGGAUCUGUGAGGGAAGAGGUGGAUGCAGAAACCAUCAUAUUCGGAAGUGUUCGCAAAAUAUUCAAGCAGAUGAAUAUUACGAACAAUAGGAUAAUGGAGGAUCUAUAUGAUAUACGAGGUUUGGUUUUUCUAUUGUUCUCCUGUGAUCCAGGAACAUUUUAUGAAUACACCAAGGAGAUUGUAAAGAAACAAAUGGAAUUAGGAAAGGAUAGCACAUGGAUCAAUCUACCGAUCUCUCAUGUGUUAGUGGAUGAGGCAAGAGAAUACUUUUGGGAGGCGAUUGAGAAGACUGAAUAUCUAGUUGAAGGAGAGAGAAAAGAGAAGAAGGCUAGAGCUGAUAAAGACGAGUUGGAAUAUCUAGCUGGGCUCUGUAAUGCCAGGUUAAGAGCCUUCUAUGCUUUGAAUCCAAAGAUCAAGAAACUGGUGGAAAUCCUGGAGGAGGUAGGGAAAACUUUGUGCAUAGUCUUAGUUUCCAACCGUGUAGUGAGGAAUAUGGUGUCAAGGACUCUUGUUGUAUUUGGACUUGCCUCUGAAGAGUAUCCUGAGAAGCAGGACGGGCCAAUAAAGAUUAUGACCCAUUAUGAGUUCAAGUAUUAUGAAAAGAACUAUGAGAAUGUGAUCUUUGUAGAAUCCGGGCAAGGCAGUGUUAGGAAGAUAGAAAGAUAUGGAACAAUGCAUUCUGUUAAGGUAUUUUUCUUGAUGCAUUCUGAGUCCCUGGAGGAGCAAAGAUACUUAAGCGAGAUAAGAAGAGAAAAGGCAUCCUUUGAAAAGCUUAUAGAAGAGAAAACAAGGCUUCCUCUGCGAUUGGAUGAUGUAGAGGAGGUGAUUGACUUGGAAGAAAACGAACCUCUGGAUAAUGCCUAUGGAGUUGUUAUUGAUUCAAGAGAGCUGAGAGCCGAGCUUCCUUUCUUUCUGUUCAAGGCAGGAAAUAAGAUAUGCGUUUCUACUCUGGCGAUUGGGGACUACUUGAUAAGUCCUACAAUCUGUAUCGAAAGAAAAUCCAUUCCCGAUUUCACAUCAUCUUUGGGCACAGGCAGACUCUACUUACAAGCCAGUAUGAUGUGUCAUAGGUACCCAAGUCCUAUUCUCCUUCUUGAAUUCGAUGGACGGCCGUGUUUAUCUGAUCAUUACCGCUACGACCAGGACACGUUUAAAAAUAGUAUUGCAGCGAAGCUUGCCUUGCUUCUAUUUAAUUUCGGAACGCUUCGGAUCAUCUGGUCUGAAUCGAGGCUGUUUUCUGCAAAGGUGAUAAGAGACUUACAGAAGAAGGAGGAAGUGCCAAGUAUUUCCGAAGGAUCUAAGAUGGAUCCUGUGCUCCGUGAGAUAUUACUUAGUAUUCCUGGGAUAACGCAGUUUAAUAUUCUGAAGGUCAGAAGAUAUUUCAAAAACCUGAAAGACCUUGUGUUUUGCACAAUGGAGCGUCUUGAGCUGGUUCUGGGGAAAGAGAAUUCCACUCUUAUCCACAGCUUCUUCAGGCAGGAGACGGGAAAGGGGAAUAAAACAAAUGAGGAAGUGGGGGAAGGAAUCGAUGGAUGA